AUUUCAUUGUGGCAUCUCCAUAAAUAAGUUUUUCAAAGUUUGUUAAAAACUUAUUUACAAUCAUCAAACCCAUAUAAAUAAUACAUGGGUCGUAACCCUAUCCGUAUAAAAUCUGGUGUGUCACUUUACAAACGUACACGUGUAAUAAAAAAGAAAAGUAAAAAAGAGGGAAAGAAGAAUAACUUUGACGGAACGUCGUGACGAUGGAGGGGGGUGUAUGUGGAGACGCUACUCCUCCGUCAACACCAACUUCCAAACGUCUUCCUUCAUCUUCUCUCUCUCUCUCUCACACACUUCCCCGAUAAUCCUAAUUUCUGUUAGAAAUUAGGGUUUAGGGUUCUAAUGGAGGACCGAAUCAAGAACAAGAACAUGUCUAGUAGCAGCUCAUGGAGACAACUCAAGGCCAUGCUUCGAAAAAACUGGCUUCUCAAAAUUCGUCAUCCCUACAUCACUCUCGCUGAGAUUUUGCUUCCUUUGGUGGUGAUGCUGAUGUUAAUGGCCAUACGGACACAAGUUGAUACAAAGAUCCAUCCUGCACAGUCAUACAUUCAGAAAGAUACAUUUGUGGAAGUCGGGAUGAGCAAUAUAUCCCCAACUUUUGAACAAGUCCUGGAAUCAUUGUUUGCCGAUAACGAGUACCUGGCUUUUGCACCUAACACAAGUGAUACAAGGAUGAUGAUUGAUAUACUGUCAUAUAAAUUUCCCUUACUGAAGCUGGUUACAAAAGUAUACAAAGAUGAAUUAGAGCUUGAAACCUAUUUAAAAUCAGAUGUCUAUGCUGCUUGCGAUGAAGUAAAGAACUGUUCGAACCCAAAAAUCAAAGGAGCGAUAGUGUUUCAUGGUCAAGGUCCUUAUUUAUAUGACUAUAGCAUUCGGCUCAAUCACACAUGGGCUUUUUCUGGCUUUCCAGAUGUUAAAAGCAUAAUGGAUAUAAAUGGUCCUUAUGUCAAUGACUUGGAAUUAGGCCUCAAUCAGAUACCAAUUCUGCAGUAUGGCUACAGCGGUUUUCUAACUCUCCAGCAAGUCAUGGAUUCAUUUAUAAUUUUUUAUGCACAACAAAAUGUGCCUAACUCACUUAAGAUUCCAUGGAGUCAAUUCACACCGUCAACCAUAAGGCUAGCCCCGUUUCCGACUCGUGAAUAUACAGAUGAUGAGUUUCAGUCCAUUAUCAAGGAUGUCAUGGGAGUCCUGUACUUAUUAGGGUUUCUUUUUCCAAUCUCCCGCCUAAUCAGCUAUUCGGUUUUUGAGAAGGAGCAGAAAAUUAAAGAAGGCCUCUAUAUGAUGGGACUGAAGGAUGAGAUAUUUCAUCUUUCUUGGUUUAUUACUUACGCUAUACAGUUUGCGAUUACAGCAGCAAUCAUCACUGUGUGCACGAUGGGCACACUGUUUCAGUACAGUGAUAAAACAUUGGUGUUCGUGUAUUUCUUUCUGUUUGGGCUCAGUGCCAUAAUGCUAUCGUUCUUGAUCUCUACUUUCUUCACACGAGCAAAAUCGGCUGUGGCAGUUGGAACUCUUGCUUUUCUUGGAGCCUUUUUUCCUUAUUAUACGGUCAAUGACGAAGCUGUUUCUAUGGUUUUAAAGAUAUUGGCUUCUUUGCUUUCGCCUACAGCAUUUGCUUUAGGAUCAGUCAAUUUUGCUGAUUAUGAGCGUGCACAUGUUGGACUCCGUUGGAGCAACAUUUGGCGAGCAUCUUCUGGAGUGUGCUUUUUAAUAUGUCUAGCUAUGAUGGUUCUUGACUCUUUGUUGUAUUUUGCAAUUGGCCUGUAUCUAGACAAGAUUCUCCACAAGGAGAGCGGGGUGGUGUACCCAUGGAACUACAUCAUCCCGAAAGGCUUUUGGAGUAAGAUAAAUAUAUUUAAACUCUCUGCUUCCCGUUCAGAAGUUAACAGUGACAAUCAUUCCAAAGAAAAGAGCACAUCUUCUCAGUCAACAAUGGAAGCAAUAAGCUUAGAUAUGAAGCAGCAAGAGUUGGAUGGCAGAUGCAUCCAAAUUAGGAACCUGCACAAGGUGUAUAGUGGUAGCAAGGGGAAUUGUUGUGCGGUUGAUUCUUUACAGCUUACAUUAUAUGAAAACCAAAUACUUGCGCUUUUAGGACAUAAUGGUGCUGGCAAGAGCACAACAAUUUCCAUGCUUGUUGGCCUUCUUGCUCCUACUUCUGGGGAUGCCUUGGUUUUUGGAAAAAGCAUUUUAACAGAUAUGGAUGACAUAAGGAAGAAUUUAGGUGUUUGCCCCCAGUAUGACAUCCUUUUCCCAGAGUUAACGGUGAAGGAACAUUUGGAAAUUUUUGCGGAUAUAAAGGGAGUGAACAAAGAAUCUUUGGACAGCAGUGUAACUGAAAUGGUCGAUGAAGUGGGAUUGGCGGAUAAACUUAAUACCGUUGUCAGUGCUCUUUCCGGAGGCAUGAAAAGGAAGCUGUCUCUUGGCAUAGCAUUGAUUGGAGACAGUAAGGUUGUUAUUCUUGAUGAACCGACUAGUGGAAUGGAUCCGUAUUCAAUGAGGUUGACAUGGCAGCUUAUUAAAAGAAUAAAAAAAGGCAGAAUAAUAUUAUUAACAACACACUCGAUGGAUGAAGCAGAUGUCCUUGGAGACCGGAUAGCAAUUAUGGCUAAUGGUUCUUUGAAAUGCUGUGGAAGUUCUCUCUACUUGAAGCACCAAUAUGGGGUUGGCUAUACUCUUACUUUGGUGAAGACUAACCCCGGGGCCUCUGCGGCGGCCGACAUUGUCUACAAACAUAUUCCAUCCGCAACAUGCGUGAGCGAAGUUGGCACUGAAAUUUCUUUCAAGCUUCCUCUAGUAUCCUCUGCUUCCUUCGAGUGCAUGUUUCGGGAAAUCGAAAGCUGCAUAUCAAAGUCAGAUCCUAGUUUAACAAGUUUGGAGCAUGAAGGACCCACAGAUUUUGGUAUCGAGAGUUACGGCAUAUCCGUGACAACCCUAGAGGAGGUUUUCUUACGAGUUGCAGGAUCCGACAUUAUCGACGAGGAAUGUACGGAAGAAAAAGAUAAUAUUAUUCUACCUGACUCUACUCCAUCUCAAACAUGUGACGAUUAUGUUGAAGAUAAAACAUCACGUUCCAAAAUCUUUGGAAGUUAUAUCACUGUUAUUGGGAUAAUGCUUUCGGCAGUUGGCAGAGCUUGUACUCUUUUUAUUACAGCAGCGUUGAGUUUUCUAAAUUUUGUAAGCGUGCACAGCUGUUGCCCGUCCUUCGUUACACGAUCGACAUUCUGGAAACAUUCAAAAGCAUUGCUCAUAAAGAGAUGGAUAUCCGCUCGAAGAGACCGGAAGACGAUCGUUUUUCAGUUAUUAAUUCCCGCUAUUUUUUUGUUUAUUGGUCUUCUGUUGCUUGAGUUAAAGCCGCAUCCUGAUCAACCAUCCAUAAUGUUUACAACUUCCAACUUUAAUCCGUUACUUAGUGGUGAAGGUGGUGGUGGUCCCAUUCCUUUUGAUCUAUCGUUACCUAUUGCAAAAGAGGUUUCACAUUAUAUAGAAGGGGGUUGGAUCCAAAAGUUCAAAGAGAGCACGUACAGGUUUCCCGAUCCUAAUAAGGCAUUAGAAGAUGCUAUUGAGGCAGCCGGGCCCACUUUGGGCCCACUUUUGCUUUCCAUGAGUGAAUACCUGAUGUCCAGCUUCAACGAAUCUUACGAGUCCAGAUACGGGGCCAUCGUAAUGGACCCACAUAAUGAUGACGGUAGUAUAGGGUACACUGUUCUACACAAUAGCACUUGUCAGCAUGCUGCACCGACUUUUAUCAACUUAAUGAACGCUGCAAUUCUUAGGCUUGCUACACUUAAUGAGAACAUGACCAUACAAACACGUAAUCAUCCAUUACCAAUGACAGAAAGUCAACGCUUGCAACGUCAAGACCUGGAUGCAUUCUCUGCAGCCAUUGUUGUGAGUAUUGCAUUUUCCUUCAUUCCUGCUUCAUUUGCCGUUGCUAUUGUGAAGGAGCGUGAAGUAAAAGCUAAACAUCAACAGUUUAUUAGUGGGGUAUCUGUAUUGUCAUAUUGGGUAUCGACAUAUAUAUGGGACUUCAUAAGCUCUUUAGUCCCUUCAACUUUUGCUAUGCUUCUCUUUUACAUAUUUGGCUUAGAACAGUUUAUCGGAAGCGGUGCUGUAUUGCCUACAAUCCUCAUUCUGUUGGAAUACGGUUUUGCAAUUGCAUCUUCAACAUAUUGCCUAACCUUUUUCUUUUCAGAACACAGUAUGGCACAGAAUGUAGUACUCUUGGUCCACUUUUUCACAGGGAUCGUUCUUAUGGUAAUAUCGUUCAUCAUGGGAUUCAUACCGGCAACUCAAGACAUGAAUUCUCUUCUCAAGAAUUUCUUCCGACUAUCUCCAGGAUUCUGCUUUGCUGAUGGGCUAGCUUCGCUAGCUUUGUUACGUCAAGGAAUGAAAAACGGAUCGAGUGCAGGUUAUUUUGGGUGGAACGUCUCUGGUGGAUCUAUUUGUUAUCUGGCAGCUGAGGGCAUCGUUUAUUUCCUUAUAACACUUGGGCUUGAAUAUUUCCCUCUCCACAAAUUAAGUUCAUUUGACAUGAGGGACUUUCUCGAAAGGCUCAGAAGAACCAGUCCAACUGUUUCGGAUUCAUAUUCUGAACCCCUUCUGACAAAAAAUGCUGUUAUUGACCUUGAAGAAGACAUAGAUGUCCAAACUGAAAGAAAUAGGGUUCUUUCUGGUUCCAUUGAUAAAGCCAUCAUCUACCUCCGUAAUCUCCGCAAGGUAUUCCCGGGAGGGAGAAAACAUGGUAAGAAAGUUGCAGUCCAUUCGUUGACUUUCUCAGUUCAAGAAGGAGAAUGUUUCGGUUUUCUGGGAACAAAUGGAGCGGGAAAGACCACUACUUUGUCUAUGCUAUCAGGAGAAGUAUAUCCGACUGAUGGAACUGCGUUCAUUUUUGGUCAAGAUAUGCGAUUAAACCCCAAAGCUGCUCGCCAGCUUAUCGGGUAUUGCCCACAAUUUGAUGCUCUGCUAGAAUUUCUGACUGUUCAAGAACAUCUUGAGCUAUAUGCAAGAAUAAAAGGCGUCCCAGAAUCCAUGCUAGACAAUGUUGUAAUGGAUAAGUUGUUAGAGUUUGACUUGUUAAGGCAUGCUACUAAACAAUCGUUCACCCUAAGUGGUGGGAACAAACGCAAGUUAUCUGUUGCAAUUGCAAUGAUCGGAGAUCCUCCUAUUGUUUUCUUGGAUGAGCCGUCCACAGGAAUGGAUCCCAUUGCGAAACGGUUUAUGUGGGAAGUUAUAUCUCGUCUCUCAACUAGAAGUGGAAAGACAGCUGUUAUUCUAACAACUCACAGUAUGAACGAAGCUCAAGCACUUUGCACAAGAAUUGGGAUAAUGGUUGGAGGAAAGCUAAGGUGUAUCGGCAGUCCACAACAUCUAAAAACGCGAUUCGGAAAUCAUCUUGAACUGGAGGUCAAACCUACGGAAGUAUGCUCGGGUGAUUUGGAAAGACUGUGUCACAUGAUUCAAGAGAGGCUAUUUGACGUCCCUUCGCAUCCAAGUAGCAUUUUUGGUGACUUGGAAGUCUGUAUUAGAGGGAACGACUCCGUAAUAUCUGAAGAUGCUUCGGCCACUGAGAUUAGUUUGUCGAGAGAGAUGAUAAUCUUGAUUGGACGUUGGCUUGGCAAUGAAGAAAGAGUAAGAACACUUACGGAUAAUGUUGGCUCUAGUGGCGUGUUUAAUGAGCAAUUACCAGAACAGUUGGCCCGUGAUGGUGGUCUCCCGCUGCCAAUUUUCUCAGAAUGGUGGUUAGCAAAAGAGAAAUUCUCGGUGAUAGAUUCAUUUGUUCUAGCGUCAUUUCCUGGGGCAACAUCUCAAGGUUCCAAUGGACUGAGUGUUAAAUAUCAGCGUCACUGGCUCCACAUUUUUUCAGUUGCCACGGGGAGAGGACUUCUCACUUGCUGAUGUUUUUGGGCUCAUUGAGCGAAACAGAAACAAACUAGGGAUAGCAGAGUAUAGCAUCAGCCAGUCAACUCUCGAAACCAUUUUCAGUCAUUUUGCAGCCAAUUCAUGAGUCUUGAUUACCGAAAUCCAUCCAUCAAUGUUGAAGAGCGGGCAUGCAGAUGUUUUGUUUCUUCUUUCAAAAACUAAACUUGGCCUGUGAGCCAAUAUACCGAGUUAUUAGUCGAUACCAUAGCGUAGCAUAGUUGGAUAGCAAUACACAAACGAAAUAUGUAUGUAAAUCAUGGACGGGUUGUUGUGAAGUCAUCAUGCAUCGGAUUAUAAAUCAAGAAUAUCGUUUUUGUCAUUAA